AUGGCGAGACAUUUAGAAGAUGUAAUUAGCAUGGCGACAAGACAACAACACAGUUUCAUCUGUUGUGUCCUCUCGGCUAAGUUACUCUCAUGUGCAGACAGAGCAUCCGACAACAUAGCCACUUCCGGCAACACCCCUGCUGCCAGGGGUUGUGGAGGUGCCGGCUGCGGUGGUGGUUGUGGAGAUUUAAGAUCACUUUCUUUCUAA